AUGAGUUCAAACGACACCUUCCCCGAAGCAUACUCGACGAACGCCCCUCUCUUCCCCUCAGCCAUCAUCUUCCCCGCCUUCGCCUUUCCAGCAUGGGUCCUCUGCAUGGCACCCAUGAUCUGGCAUUUCCGACAAGCCAACAUCGCAGCUGGAUCACUCAUUCUUUGGAUCGCCCUACACAACUUCUUCAACUCGGUCAAUGCCCUCAUAUGGCCCCGCGACAACGUGCUUGAGUGGUGGGACGGUCCCAUCUGGUGCGACAUUCACGUCCGCAUCCAGGUCGGUAGUUAUGUGGGUAUGACCGCCUCGGUGGCCAUGGUCAUACGCAAGCUCGCCAUUGUCAUGGAUACACGCAAUAUGACAGUGUCAACUAGCAGGAACAGCAAGAUCAAAGCAAAGAUCUGGGAAGUUGUGUGGUGUUGGGUUGUGCCGGGAUUCUUCAUUGCCCUCUACUACGUCGUCCAACCCGUCCGCUACAUGAUCUACGGCAUCGUAGGAUGUUUGUCCGCCCACGACAGUUCGUGGCCCAGCGUAGUCCUCGGUUUCAUGUGGCCAACUAUCGGCAUGCUUUUCGCUUCUUACUGGGCUUUUCUACUCGUCUACCGUCUCUACCGCUACCGCCGCGAAUUCCACCGCCUAGUCGCCGCCCAAAAGACCACAUCAUCCCGCUUCGUCCGCCUCUUCAUCCUCAGCCUGGUUGUCGUCCUCGUCUACCUAUCCUACUCCAUCUACCUUCUCGUUGGCAUUUCAAAAUUCAUCACAACCCCUUACUCUUGGUCUGAAGUUCACGACCCCAACCGCUUUAACAACAUCAUCAAGGUUCCAGUCAACGGCGUAGUCAGCUUCGAGAAGUGGGUUCAAGUCGCCACGGGAUACAUUACCUUUUGCCUUCUCGGCACUGGUGUCGAUGCGAAUGCUCAUUACAGACGAAUGUUAGUGAGUACUGGAGCUGGAAAGGUCUGGCCUAGUCUGUACGCUACCUCAGAUGGCGGGAGUAGGGCGCCGAAGAGUUUCCCUGCUGCGAGAGCAUGGACUGCAAGCGUUUCUAGCAAAGCAAAAAGCAUGCUUUGGUCUACGGAAUCCGGAUCGACGAGUACUGGUUCCACGAGCGACACUUUCACCGACUCCACGAGCAACAAUUCCGUCAUCCUCGAUUCAAUGCCUCGCUUACACAGCGUCACAACGCAAGACACGCUCAUUUCACAGAAACAUGACAAUUCCAUAGCCGCCUCAACGACCCCCCAGCCUUCAUUCUUCAAAAGCUAUUUUGCACGCCCGUCCCUUCGCGGGCCCCUCCUUCCCCUAUUCUCUUACCGCAACAUCGCUGAGAUCACUACUUCCAACACUUCCACCAUCUCUACUAUCGCUACAAAUACAAACAAGCUAUCCACAUCCUCCACCCUAAUUGGUGUGCACUCGCGCGCCUGGGCCGCCGACACCUCACCUUCUUCCUCUUCUUCUGCUGGUCGCCACGGAUACGGCAACAGUGUGCACGUCAUUCGGGAAGUGCAUCAGCAGCGGAAUGAAAAGGCUGGAAAUGAGCGUGAGGAAGAGGGCAAGGAGAUGAAGGCUUGGGCUUGA